CAUAUCUGGGAAUCAUCUUUCAGCACCAGCAACAGGUAUGACGCGUGAUCCCACCUGCCUGGAACCUAAACUGAUGCGUUUGGAGACAAAUUUUUGCGCUCCCACUUUUCAUCACUGCGUCCCUGCUGAACGGCCACACCGACUCCCCCCUUUGCCUUUUGUUUCCGAGGUGGAGCCUGAUACCCCGACUUCUCCAAACUGAACCGCCGGCUGGAGCAGACGGACAAGAUAGAAACUGGGACCAGCAGUCGUGGCACAGAUCUGGGACGCAGCAGAUCGGGGAGGGACCAUAAAGGCGGUUGCAAAGGAAGGAGGAGGAGGAUUUUGUGGAGCGCUUUGAACGGUUGAAUCAUUUUUUUUACAACACACGGCAGAGCUUCGAGAAAGAUGAAUUCUUUCAUCCUGCUGUCGCUUUUUGCCACGGUUAUCGUCGGAAAGUCACCUCGGCUGAAAUUUGUUGUGCACGAGCCCUCCAGGUUCCACUUCAACAAACCUGAGAACUACAUCAGCAUGUACCACCAGGAGGGGAGCGACACAUUGUAUCUGGGCGGCCAGGCGAUGGUCUACGUGUUGACAUUCACUAACAGAGGGGUCCGCGACCUACAGAUCCCCGCAGCGUCCGAUCAGACUGCGAUUGACACCUGCAAGGCCAAGGCUGCACCACUCGAGCUGGAGUGUGAUAAUUUCAUUACCGUCAUUCAGAAAGUAAAUGACACAAUCGUAGUAUGUGGGACAAAUGCUGGAAGCCCCAGGUGCUGGAUGCUGGUAAACGACACUGUACUGACUGACGUCCAAGGCAACGGGCAGAUAGCAUCAGCCUCUGACAUCUCACCACCCUACCCUUCCCAAAGGUCUAUCAGCUUGCCUGCAGAUGGGAGUCUGUAUUCUGCCAUGUCGUCGGUGGCGGGUCACGCCGGCUCGAUCCGCCGUACGUUUGGCUCCCAGAAACUCCUGAAGACGGAGAACGUUUGGCUGCUGAAUCCGCAGUUUGCUGGUGCGGCCAUAAUCCCAUCUUCACAAAAGUUCAAGGAGGAGAUCUACUUCUUCUUCAGUGAGAUCAACAAGACAGCCCGAGUGGACGAGGAGCCUUACAGGGCCCGCAUUGGCCGAAUCUGCACGGUGGAUGAAGGGGGCAUCAAAGCCCUGCUGGCAGACUCGUGGACCACCUUCAUGAAGGCCCGGGUCAUGUGCGGUGCAGGAACCACACAGCAGCAGUACAACAACAUGAAACAGGCGGUGGUGCUGACCGCGCAGGACAAAAGGGCCGGGGUCAUGUACGGCCUCUUUUCCAACGCAUGGGGCAGAACAGUGAUCUGUGCUUACUCCAUCGAAGAUAUUGACCAGGCUUUCUCCACAUCUAAACUGAGGGGCUACAGCAGUCCAUUCAUUGGCACUCGCCCUGGGAUGUGUGUGCGCAAAAACUCGUCAGUAGGAGGUCCCAACGAAAUCAAGAACCUCGGGGUGAUCAGAUACCACCCAGAGAUCGAAGAUGUGAUCCGGCCCGUCGGUGUGGCUCCGCUGGAUCUGCCGACAGAUGACCAGAUCACACACACCGUGGCUGACAUUGUCCUGGCUGUCAAUGACGAGCACUACAGCGUCCUGUACCUCGGAACAGACCAAGGCAAAAUACUCAAAGUUCUUCACACCAGCGAGGGGGUCUUCAUCAUAUCCCAGUAUUCUCUCUUUCGCAACGAGGGCCCCGUUCUGAACAUGGCCAUCGACUCCCAAAAGGGACACCUGUACGUUGGCACGGCGAUGGAGGUCCAGCGACUGCAGCUGGCUGACUGCGGUCGCUAUGGCGACACUUGCCGGGAGUGCAUCCUUUCCCGGGAUCCGUACUGCGGCUGGGACAGAGCCAGGAGGAAGUGCAUCGCCAUCCCGCCUGGAUACAACGUCACAACCGGGGCACUCAUUCAGAAUCUGGACCAUUCGAACUCCUCCGUUUGUGGGGAAGCUGCUGCUCUGAAGCAGCGUCGAACUUCCCCCAGAGAAGUUGUGGUGCAGUCCAACACUUCCAUCUUUCUUCCUUGCCCUGUGCGCUCCUUCCACGCCACCUACCGCUGGGAGAAGGACAACUGCAUCAAGAACUAUCCUUGCCUCUUCUCCGGGGACUUCUGCGUCCUGGGCCCGGUUGUUGAUACGCCUCUGAAGGAAGGUGUCUUCCGCUGCAUGGCCACCGAGGACGGAUUCAAGGUGGAGGUUAUCUCUUUCAGGCUGGUGAACAACGGCAGGCUCUUGGCUGCCUCUCUGGCCUCCACCUUGGGGCUGUCGAUCCUGCUCGCUGUGUCUACUCUGUGGCUCCAUUAACUGCAGCUAACACUAAUGCUAACCCCUCAUCCUUACUGGCUCCCAAUGACAAAGAAAGACAGGGAGCUGCCGUUAGGAGGUUUGGUUCGCAGAGCACUGAAGUACAUGGUUGAGUUGAACGGUGAAAAAUCACCUUUUUCCAUAUCGAUAUUUAGAGAAAGAGUCCAGAAAAUGUCAGUUGAAUGAAGGAUUAGAUUCUGUAUUUUUUGCAUAAAGCACCAUGUCCGCAGCUGCAGCCGCCUUAAAGGUCCAGUGUCUAAGAUUUAAGGGAUCUAUUAGUAGAAUAUGGCAGAAAUGGAGUCAUACAUAUAAUCACCUGAAUCCAAGAAUUCUUUACCAUAGAAUAAUCCUUUUAUAUCCACAGAGGGAGCUGCUCCUUUUCCACAGAGUCCGCCGGGUUACUACAUUAGCCCAGAAUGGACAAACCAAACGCUGGCUGUGGUGGACACUGGUGUUUUUUGCAAACACGAGGGGUAUUCAGUUGGUUGCAAUCUGCAACCUCACAGCUAGAUGACACUAAAUCCUACACAUUGGACCUUUAAUAAGAUCAGAACUAGAAAACGGCAUCCAUAAACAUUUAGACUAAAGUGACUAGGAGUUACUGUCCAUGAAUUGACAUGCCUUCGAUACAUCUUCAACCAUAAUUAGGUGCUUUGCAAACCUUUCCUCCCUGACGCAUAAAGAUAAACAUAUCGUAUGAGUGGGGCAAAAAAAAAAAAAACACCAAUACCAGGCCAAUUCUUUUUACCAUUUCUCUACUUAUUUUGAAAUUGACUUGAUUGUGCUUAUUUGUGAAUAUAUAAACCUUUAAUACCGCUCUUACAUCUAAUCAUUCACCUUGUUAAACCUCAUUGGUAUAGCUCAUUAGUACUUAGAAAAACGUCUGGUAUUGAGAUUUAAAAAGCCUUAACACUUCUGGGACAUAAACUCCUAAGCACAAUUUUGCAGUCGAGGCAGAAUACUGCAGACUCAGUUGGACUUGGCGCUAUAAUUAGUGCAGCUGAGUCGAACAACAUCGCUGGGAGGAAGUGUCAGCUUUUUUGACAGGAAGUAGGCGGAUGGGCAAGAGCUCAUUCUCGAACAUCACUGUGUCUCAGCACCUCCUCCUCAGAUGAUGCAGUUUCUUGCAUCUUUUUAUCAGAUGGUAUCAGACAUCGUUAUUACGCCUUGUUCACAGCUUUGUCCGUUGUUUUUUUUUGUUUUUACAUGCCGUCGUCUUUCCUCCUCCCCGGAGCAUCAGAAACAAAACGCUCGCUCAUACAGGAUGUGAAAAAUGGAACGUUGCCUGCAGCUCUUUUAGAAAGAAGGUAACAUUAGUAUUAAGGAGAAAACUUACACUCAACAGGAAGCCCAUUAAAUAAUUAAUUUAAUCUCUACCUAAGUUUAAAUCUGUACAUUUUUCUAUCAAAGACGGUGCUUGCAAGUUGCGUGAAAUAGCAGUGACCUUUUUGCCAAUCCUGGGUAAGUUGGCGCCAUGUGUCCAUCAGCGUUUUUAGAAAGAGGAGCUACUCUGCUGCAAAUAACAUCCGAUUUCUGUCAACCCAACAAUGCGUAAAGAUGUGAACAAGGUGUUACGCUACAGCAAUUUCAAUAAACACAUACUUACAUUACCGUAACGGCAGAUGAAGCUGAAUGGAACUGCAUAUUAGGCUUGCAUAUUAUCGUUUUGCUAAGAGAAAAAAAAAGGCUUGUACUUAGACCUGUGAAGUAUGUUCUGUAUUUUAUUGCUCUGCAGAUGCUGAUUUCUACCAUUGCUGCCUACGUGUGUGAAACUUUGUCUUGAUUGUUUGGAUUUUUUAUGCCAUAUUUAAAACAUGAUAUGUAACCAUUGGCUGCUUUUCCUCUCUCCCCAGGGACAUCAGUGCAAAUAGACUAGAUUGUUCUUUUUUAAAUCUGUAUCUCUAUGCUGUGACAAAAAAAAAAAAGGCUUGACAGAUUCCAUCGAGGCGCUUCACUGAUGUACAGCAGCAACCACAACCACAGCGAGAGCACCGACUUUGAUUCAUUGUCAGGCUGCAUUUUUCUCCUACAACAAAACAAAAUGUAAUAAAGCUGAAUGUAAAAAGAAAAGAGUUCAGAAUGUAGCUGCAGUUCAAAAAUACUGAAAUGCCAAAAACCUUAUGUAUACCGAUCAGCUGACUGAAGAAGUAGGUUUGUGCGGUGAUGAAUUAUGCAGUGGAUUAGCAUAUUCUCCAGAGCAUUAUGAAUUAUCAUCAUUCAGUAAUGUUCCAUAAAUCUGGCUGUGCAGAGAGAUGUCAUUAAUAGCUAAUUAGACAAUGGAGCCGGCACGUCACGCACCGUAUUAAAGAAUUUAUUUAACACCACCAGGGAUACGAGCAGCGCGAUGUUCUCAGCUGUGAAGCAGUGUCGUGUUCCUCACUCGGCUCGGUUGUGCGUUGCUGCUCGGGGAUCUGCUUGCUUUCUGCAUUGCACUGACGCGGGCUAUUCACUGUGCCACAAAGCAAAGACAAAAAAAUAAUAAUAAUCAAAAAACAAAGGCUGUGUUGAGCCGCCUCAUCUGCCCGAUGCUUAUUGCUUCUUCUUACGUUCACUUGCAAAACCUCUCGCUCCUUACCUCGCAUAAUAUUUUGUCACAGACAAACCACGAGCGUCUGUACGACUAAACUCAAUCCUACUGCAGGUCUAACAUGCAUAUUAACUGUCUUUGUGUCUCUAUGUCGCCACCAGGGUGGGGAAUUAACACCAGCCACCAGCCAAGUGCUGGUAAACAUUUAGUGGAGGCUGUUAACAUGGUCCAUGCUGCCAGAGACUUUUGGCAGGAAACUAACUCGAUGUACUCGGACGUGCUCAAGGCAUUUUGCAGUAUAACCUCCUUUGUAUUGUAACCAUAGCUGCUGUGUAUGUGCUGUGAUUUGACUCAGAAAGCUGUUAUCACAAAAACCACAAUGAGAGGAGAAGCCAACACCACACAAACUGUGUCCCAGGUCCAUACUUCAACAGAAAACCAAACGCUUAAAAGAACCUGCCUGAUUUUUUUUAGUUUUAUUCAUAACGUGGUAGACGUGGUAUAAUAAUCUCUAUGUCUGUAAGCAAGGGACCAAGAUUUUGGAUGCAUGGUUGGUCGAAUUUGAUUGCAUGCAUGUAAACAGUCCGUGCAGAGAGCAAAGCAUUGGCUGAAAUGCAAGAUUCAACGUUCAAGGAAUCUUUAUUAUCCCAGAGGGGCAAUUCGUUGGAACCUAUUGGAUAUUCUGUGACAACGAUUUCGCUUUUUUAAAUGUAUCUGCAUCUAUAUGCAGAUUUUGGCUUAUUGAGAUUACCCACAGAGGAAGUCUUGGCCUGGAUAUCCAUUUUGUGUUUUCCAGAUAUCCGCCAACUACACUGGCAGCCCCGACAUAUUGGCCGUUGGUCCCAGGGGCUAAUUUGUUGUACGAUACCCAAUAUGUUCAGAGAUCCUGCAGAUGGCUGUCAGUAAAGUUCAGUUCGCAGUGGCUGGAUGGUGAAUGGUGUACAAAGUAUGUGACCAAGUAUUUUUAGUCGCCUAACGAUAAUGGUCCUUCAGUCCAUUGGGUCAAUUGAUGACUUGAACUUAUACUAUAUAAGUAUGGGCCAAUGAUAGUGGUGGAAGACGUACUUGAAUCCAAAAGUAAUACCAAAAAGUUAAACAGAAUAUCUUAUAGAAUGGUCGCUCCCAAAAAGUGUUGAAUAUUAGAUGCAGCAAGCAGAAUCUUAACUGAAGCUCCAGGUGGAGUUUCUUAGUUCUUCUUUUAAUUUUUAGAAAUACACAAAAAAGUAAUGUACUCGAUCGUGGAGGAGGCCUUUGUCUUCCACGGCAGAUCAAGAAGAAUCCUUUUCGGAAUACAUGUCACAAGGAGAAAUAUUUUUGAUUAUAUUUGUCACUAAAGCCAUCGUCCACAAUUGUUAUUUUUUCUUUAAAUUUCUUUCAUCAAGCUUGUUUUUGAGUUGUUUGACUGCACUUCUGUUAAUAGCUCGUUCAUCUCAGUUGUUUGUCAGACAACAGUGUCCGUCAGCGAUACACUUUUAGCCUGCAUGCUGGCAUUUAGAGUUAUAUUGGGUAUUUUGGUAGGUUGGUGUGGAUUUGGGACACCGGGUUGAGGUCAGAUAGUUGUUGCUGUGCAGAGCUGAUUUCCUCUCAGACAGGUGGAAUCAGGCUUUUAACCCAGUCAUCAUCCUCAACUCAACAAGGCUUUGCUUUAACAAUAAAACACACUUUUCCGGCUGGUGAGUGGAAUUUACAGCAUUAACCAACCAACCACAUCUCCUCUGUGUUCAAGUCCUUGCUUUGAUAUGGAUAUUCACAAGGCUGCUUUAUUGAAAUCCGGUUAUCGCUCACUCACAUUCGUCAUCGUCAGGCAGUCUGAUAAAGGCUAAUCUCCUUCAAAGCAAGCUCUUGAUUUGCCUUCAGGAAACCAUUUUAGUGGAUCACGCUAUCUGUUGUAAACGAAUCGAUGUUGAGUGGAGCGGGUCACUGUUUUGUUUGCUCUGGGGUUUUGAGUGUCAAGUACUGUACAUGAUGUGUGCCCACGACUCUGUGUCUUGAUAUACCUAAUUUUAAAAGUAACAUGCCAAACUCUAUUAUUAAAAAAAAGAGAUUUAUAUGCCAUGCCAGUCGAGUGUCAUCUCAUAACAUGUAUUUUUAAAAAACAGAUAUCUAUAGUGCAAUAGAUAUUCAUGUAACAAAUCCAUAUUGACAUGUGUUUCCCUGAACAUGUGCGGUGAAAAUUAAUAA